GCUGACACACACACAUUUUUGACGCCCCCCCCACCCUGUCUCUCCUUUAAAUAGAGCUCCUCUUGGUGUGUUCGGCCUCGGUGAUCACAUCUCUGCUGCUCCUCUUCACAAGCCCUCCUCAACCCAAAGCCAAGCCUACUCUCAGUCGACAUGGAGCAGACAUUCAUCGCCGUGAAGCCCGAUGGUGUGCAGAGGGGUCUCUGCGGAGAGAUCAUCAAGCGCUUCGAGACCAGAGGCUACAAGCUGGUGGCUGCCAAGUUCGUGCAGUCCUCUGAGGAGCACAUGAAGAACCACUACGCUGACCUGAAGGACAUGCCUUUCUAUGCCGGUCUCUGCAAGUACAUGUCCUCUGGACCCGUCUUCGCCAUGGUGUGGGAAGGUCAGAGCAUUGUGAAGCUGGCCAGGAUGAUGCUGGGUGAGACCAACCCCGCCGACUCCAAGCCCGGAAGCAUCCGUGGAGACCUGGGCAGCAACAUGCGGCAGGAACAUCAUCCACGGCAGCGACACCCUGGAGAACGCCAAGCAUGAGAUCGGUCUGUGGUUCAAGCCCGAGGAGAUGGUGACCUACACCUCCUGCGCCAAGGCCUUCCUGUAUGAGUAAAGUUUCCAAUCAUCCACCAGUAAACUCCACCCCACUGGACCCCACCCCCUUCACGUCCCUCCUCCCUGCAGACGAUCCCCUGACUUGGUCUUCAGUCAUCAAUCCAAAACAUGUCCCACUUAUCAAUAAAGUCUCAUGUUAACAACUAU